AUGAUUUUGAGAACUGCUGGUCAAUGCAGAAAUCUUCAAGAACUCGAUCUCAGUGAAUGCUCACAUCUUAACACUGUAAAUAUGAAGAUGAUUUUAGAGGGAUGUAGCUCUCUCCUCCAACUUAAUCUGGCCUUCACUCAUAUUACUAAUGCCACUAUAAGAGUCCUGUCAAGUUGCUGUCUGACGCUGCGGUCUCGGAGUCUCACAUACUGCACAAGUUUCUCUGAUAAAGGCCUGCAGUAUCGGAGCACAGGAAAAGGCUGCCACAGACUCACUUAUCUGGACCUCUCUGGAUGUUCUCAGAUAUCUGUGGAUGGAUUUACAUAUGUCGCUGAAGCUUGCAGCUCACUUCAACAGAUUGUGUUAGACGAUCUACCCACCAUGACUGACACCUGUGUGCAGGUCUUAAUGUCUAAAUGUCGUGUGUUGACUGCGAUUUUCCUAUUGGACUCACCGUAUCUCUCUGAUGUGGCUUUCAAAGCGAUGGCUGAAGUGAUCAGCCUCACCAAGAUCCAAAUAGAAGUUUUAAACUGUGCAUUCUGCAUUUCAGGUAAUAACCGAAUGAUGGACAGCAGCUUGAAGGCCUUAUGCCGAAGCUCUCUGAAACUCAGUGAGGUCCAAAUGUCUGACUGCACUCGCUUGACUGAUGCCAGCUUGAAGUCUUUAGGAAGUCUGACAAAACUGUGCAACUUAAAUAUCUCAGGCUGUAUCAAACAGGCUGCUCUGAAACUGCAGCACUGUGUGCAACACUGGAAACACAGUGACGAUGACGCCCCCUACAGUCAGGACUAA